CAGAAAAUCCAACAUGAACAUUCUCUACUCGAGUACAGUUGGGGAAACGGACCAUUGUUCAUCGUUGAUGGGAUAGAUGAGCUAAACCUAGCGUCAGACAGAGUGCUGAGAGAAAUCAUGAAGAUGGGCACAAAGGACGAAAUCACCGUUCUCUGCACAACACGACCCAACAAAGUUGCUGACUUCAACAAAUACGUGCCUGAUAACUUUCAUCUUGUGCAUGUGAAGAUUCUUGGAAUAGAAGAGAAAAAGCGAGCAGACUUAUUAACCCGUUACAACAAAGCUCUCCCAAUUCAGAACAAAGACAUUUCUGGUCUCCUUCGAUAUCUAGCGAGGAAUGACAGCCGUAUGCAGUCCCACUGGCGGUUCCCGUUCAACUUGGUCCUCGUGACAAUAUUAUGGUUAUCUGAUCCAAAUGCUGUAAACGAUCUGACUACAGCAACAGAGCUCUUCAAAAAGACACAUGACUUCUGCGUGCAAAAGCUGCUUAAGAGACUGUCUGACCAUGAAGAAACGCGAAUUUUGGAAAUUGCUGAACUGAAACAGAAAGUUGAAAAGUUUUUGAAAAAGUUCUGCAAAGAGGCCUUCAUCAAUCACUGUGGGGAUAACAUGGUGUUGUCCAAUUCUUCAAUCCAGAGGCUACAGGAGGCAUGUCGCUUUCUAAGCCUUCCAUCUAAAGAGGUUCUCGGAGCCUUUCUCAUCCAGACAACAUCUCUUGCAGAUGUCGAAGAAGAGUACAGUUUCUCCCAUAAAAGUUUACAGGAUUUCUACUCCGCUCUGCAUGUGAUGGAGAUUCUUACGAGACACGAAACAGGGCUAAACGUCCCCAGUAUAAUAUCUGGAAUUGAGACUCUUCUCCUUCAUGAAGAUGUUCCCAAAGACGUUAGCAGCUGUCUUCUCAGUGACUGUACUAAUACAUUAAAAGAAUAUCAACUUGCCUCAACUAAGGGACCGCUAACUAUCAAUAGUGUUCUAGAAAAAGCCACCAAAGAUGCUUCACUAUUCUAUAACGAAAAGGAGGAGAAAAUGGACUUGGCUAAGUACCAGAACAUUAUCGUUCAUCUCACCGGUCUCCUUCAUCUUAGAGAAAAGCCACUGGAGGAGGACAGAUCCACUGAGCUGGUGGAAUUACUCAAAAGCACUGGUAUUCGCGAUACGUCCCAGUGGCUGGACUUAGUCUCCGAGGUCAAGUGCAGUACAAAAGUGAGUGAAUUGCUUACUAAGGCGAUGGAUCUCACAGGAGUGGUAGAAAUAUCCGACUGCCAUUUAACCGCAUUCAGGCGCGUUCUGAGGCACGUACAGCUGGAACGCUUGGUCCUGAAUAUCACAGGGGACCCCGAGAACGUGCCGUGUCUACGAGAACUUCUCGUCGCAAUAGAAGACAAAGAGUGGGAGGUUUGGCUCUGGCUCAAGCACGACUUCCGACACCGGAGAGACGAGAAAACAGCCAUUGACGAUAUUUUUCAGCAAGUUUUGCGAAGCGCGCGCCUCCGGGUCACGUGGUUCCAAGGGCGGCUGAGCGAAGCGGCCGUGGCGGCGCUGCCCUCGUCCCUGAAAGACCUGCGCCUGGCCGUGGCGGGCGACCAGCACUACCGGGCUCUCCUGCCCGCACUGUCCUCCCUCCCGCAGCGGCUGGGAUGUCUGCACCUGCACGUGCCUGCGAGAUUGGACGCAGACUUGCUUCGGCCUCUGCCGGACGUGAGAAUCCUGCAGUUGUACGUGUCCGGCGUCGAGGAAGCGACCGUCGAGAGCGCGAGUCGGGUGGUGCGGGCGCUGCAGCCUUCGAGGGGGAAAUGGGGGCUCCUCUUCCCUGGCGUGCUGGAGUGCGAGGAGGUCUUCACGCGCCUCGUGGGGCACCUCGCCCGCCAGGGAGUGCAGGCGCAGGGGUGGGGCCUCAUCGCCUCCCCCCGAAUCGACGAAGAAAGGGAGAGGCGACAGAGGGACCUCGUCUCGAGGAAGCUCGGCUGCGACUUUAGGACGUGGGAUGAAGAAGACAUCUGGAGGUUAGUUUCCUGUUCCCUUCCCUUCGCACGAGACAUUGCAAAGGGAAUGCGAUCUUCCGAUGUACUUGCGCGAGGGAAAAAUCUUUGCACGUUUGUCUGCAGGCGAUGCAUCUGGGCACGUGAGGUCACGUGACUUGAUGAAUGUUUGCCUCGGGCGGUUUAAAAUGAUAUAUUGCUAGCAAUAACAAACACAGGAACGGGAAAGCUUAAUAGUUAUAAUAAGAAAAUAUUCAAUACAAUAUAAGAUCACAGUGAUAAGUAGUAGUAGUAAUAAUAGUUAUAAUAAUACCAAUGAGAAUAAUGAUGAUGAUGAUGAUGAUCAUAAUGAUGAUAAUAAUAA